ACUCAUGACAUUGUGCCAUUUUCUUUAGAGCGUCACGUUUUCACUCCUGCUGAUAAUUGUUGUGGCUUUAUACAUGCUUAAACGUGCAGUAAAGAUAAGCGAAGAUUCCGAAAGUUUGGGCAGUUGUACAGACCGGUCAAAAUCACAAGAUAAUGUCUCAAUUUCGACAGUUCAGUUAAUAUCGCAACACAACAUUUAUAAGGAAGUAAUCGAAUCUCACAUGCCCAUAGCCGACAUAACUUCGUUUGAGGCUGUGGAACCGGUAGAGAAAGACCGAUUCAUAAGCGAUAGAUUUUCCUACUUCAAAAAGAACCUACAGGACAUGGCCAGUAUCAGAGAACUGGAGAAGCCUCUGUUCAUAAAUAGCGUCAGAAUACAGCCUGGAUGUAUGAUUUUUAAAGAUGCUUACGAUGGAAAAAGCUUUAACCAGACGAUCACGAUCACAAAUCGUGGAAAGUUUAUUGUCAAUAUCAGAAUAUCACCACCUACAUCAAAGGCAUUUAAAAUAAAGCCAAUACUAAUCCCACAUGUGUUGUCUCCUGGCUUGAGUAUUGUAAAGCGCAUUCAAUACCUCUACACUAAACCCACAGCGAUUCCGCAAGCGUGUAUGGACAUCUUUGUUAACAAUGACUGCCUAAGAUACGAGCUGCUGGUAUGCAAAACUAUCUUUAAUCAAUCGCCGAGAUUGAUAACUUCGUUUGACGUCGACUAUGAUUUAAGCCCAGAACAAAAAAUUUUAAGAGACGCGACUCGGUCGUACUAUUUAAACUAUGUACGAAGUCUGUCCAAGCAAAAGGACUCAAAAAAUUAUCAAGAAAAACUUGAAGACUAUUUAACUACGAACCACAAAAAACUAUUGAUGGAGAACGAGAGAAAAGGAUGCUGCGAUUCCGCGUAUUUAGUUGGCAAGCCUAAGCACAGACUGUUUAUUCCUCUGACACCAUAUGAAAUCCACAACCUUGUUGUAACCCCAAAAUUUAUUCAAUUGGGAAAGCUAGCAGCAGAUAGCGAGUGUUCGGACCACUUCAAAAUAGAAAAUAGGAAUACCUUUCCCAUUCAUAUAUCAAUUAAAGCACUAUAUCCAUCAAUUAGAAUAGAACACGGAGAGUUUAUUCUUGGGGCCAAUGAACAGAAGAAUAUCGAUUUCAUCUACCAUUCGGACUACGGGGGAAAUCACCAUAUUCCCAUGUUUGUCAUUAUGAACUUUUUUCAUGUUAUCGAUCUGACGGUUUUAGCCACCAUAGUUGCUAAUACUGUGAGGUGCCUGAAUAGGAACAUUUUCAUAGUUCCCACUGAGAAGACCACCUUUUUGGAAUUGGCCAAUCCUAUAAAUAGCGAUGUUAGUUUUGAGAUGGACACGAAAUAUUUUCAUUUGGAAGCAUUUCCGAGUAAAGGAAUUAUUCCUGCGAAGCGAAAAAUGACCAUAACAGUCACGUUUAAUCCUGAAGUUGGAUACAUACCCAUUAAAGAGAUCGCUGUUAUAUCCGAAAGUGGCUUCAAAGAACUUAUAGAGGUUCAUUUUGAACACAAAAAAGCGGUUGUAUCCAUCAGCAGGGAUGUUAUAGAAUUUCGAGAUGUUCCCUUAAACACAGAAGUUAGGCAGGAACUCAUCAUUCAAAACAAGUCAGACCAGUUGGUGCCAAUAAAUAUUGAACUGGAAGACAGUGAUCUGUUUCCCGAACUGGAAAUCACUCCCAUGAAAGCUCUGCUUUGGCAAAAAGCAGAUGUAGUAAUCAGCAUCACUCUGAAGAUGACGGCACUAGUCGAUUUCAAGGUGCCAAUCAAAAUCCGAUUUCAACAUGAGUAUUCCAGAGAUGUAACUAUAAAAGGGAAUGUUGUAUAUCCAGUUGUUAGUUUUCGGCCGGAAUUGAUCAAAAUUCCGAAGGUUCCUUCCGGUUCUACUGUGUCCACACCUUUUAAAAUAUACAACAACUGUAACGUAUCAAGUUAUAUUCAGUUUGCAAUGGAAGACUACCCAGAGUUCACCAUCCGAACCAAAUUUGGUGAAAAUAUAACAAACGCGAAGGUGAGUCAGUCAGCACAUUUGCUUCUACCGUUCAAUGCUUAUGUGAGCGAAUCAACAGCAACUGUUGGAUGCAAAUGA